GCGGAUUUAGAGGGGGGGCCCGGGGGGCCCGGGCCCCCCCUUUUGUGAUCACAAAGAAAAAAAAAGAAGAACUAAUUAUGAAAAAAUGAGAUAAAAUUAGACACUUUGUGUGCUAAAAAUGUUGAAUUCAAAGUCGUGAAUGAAAUAUACACUACAUAUGGCUGGGGUUCAGUUGUUUCAUUUCAUUAUAGAAUGUGUUGUUAGUUUCUAACUGUUGACAGUUCUUUCCUGUAACGUGUUUCAGGAUAUCAAUUAAUGCCAUUUACCCAUGCGGGUUAUCAAAUUUAUGACUUAGAUCUCAGUGAUGUGUUUCUUAAAUGUUACAUUUAGCUCUCCCUAAUUUCACUCCUGUAAAUUAAUGAUUGUAUGGGUUUUCCCUUUUGUAUUAACUACACCUCUCUAUUCAGCCGUGAUUGUGUAUAGUGAGUUCAGUUAACUCAAUUUAUAAUAUUUUCCGAAGUUUAACUUAAAAAUGAACCAUUCGAUCUAUGAAAGUUCAUUGAAGGAAAUUGAGAGUAAACUCUCAAACUCUUCUAAAGAAACUCGAAAAAAAUCUGAUGAGGACAACCUGGCCCGUGCACUGCUGCCUGGGGAUAUUAAGGAAAUACUAGGGGAGGAUGGUGUGCUUGACCCCAUUAAGACAACUGGGAACGGGAAUUGCCUUUUUAAUGCAAUUUCACUUGCGUUGACAGGUGAUGAAUCCCUAAGCAAAACGUUACGAGUAGCAACAGCAUGCGAACUGCAUUUGUAUUCAGAAUUUUAUGCCAAUCAUCCAAAACUCACUGAAAGUUCCAAGCAUCGCGAAAUAAUGACGCAAGAUCAGAAUACACUAUUUUCAUUUACACUCUCUGAUGAGGCUGAUAAAUUAUUUAAUGACACAAGAUGUAAAAAAUCUGCGGUUCAAGAGGAAGCAAACAGAACCUUAAUAGAGGGAUGUUGGUCAGGUUUGCAACAAAUAUUUGCAGUUAGCUCUGUAUUACGAAAACGCAUUUUUGCCGUCUAUCCUGAGUGCAAUUUCGGUAUUAGACCUCUCAUGCAUGGCUUGAUAAACCCAAGAGAAGAAUGCCUAGAUUCUGAUAUUAUUAGUAUUCUUUGGUCAAGAGAUGGGAAUUUGGACAAUACACCAAAUGUAGCUUUUCAGCCAAAUCACUUUGUCCUCUUGGAUAUUAAAGAUUUGGGAUGGACCAUAGUUGGAAAACAAAAACGCAAGUUCAAUGACGAUCAUUUAACUGAACCAUCAUCUUCACCCAAAAAGAAAGUUUUCCAGCCAAAAAUAAGUGAUUUGUUUAAAUCUCGACCGUCACCGAAAACAAUCUCAGAUAACAUUGAAAAAGAUGAUCCAGCUCGAGAUCCAUGUGGCCUGGUAAACGAAAAGGAAAUCCCAAAGACUUUUGUGCCUUCACAGUCAAUACCUGAGGAUAUUCUUCUCACAGAUACCAUUUCUUUUGGUGUUAAACCAUUAGAAACCAUGAAUGAUGAAAUGAAAAACACCAUAAUAGCAAACCGAGUGCCCCCAGAGAAUUAUAAAUUCCCAUCGAAAAAAUAUGUCGACAAAAAAAAGAAAAGUGGAUUUCGAUUGAGGUCUUGUCAGCAUCAAUGGUUUCAGCAAUUUGAUUUCAUUUCAUACUCAACAAUAGAUGAUGGCGUCUACUGUUUAGCUUGCGUUUUCUUCCCAAAAGAAGGCUUGCGAUCUAAGCAGUUAAUUACUGAGCCAUAUCGUAAUUGGAAGGAUGCUGUGGCAGAUUUGAAGAAUCAUUCUCAAUGUCACUAUCACAAAUCGUCUGCAGAUGUAAUGCGUCAUUUUCUUCAAACUUACAAAAAUUCAUCGUGUCGAAUUGACAAUAUUUUAGACACUAAAUUGCAAAUUCAGGUUGCAAAAAAUCGAAAAAUCUUAACUUCUAUCCUCAAGUGUGUCGAAUUCUGUGGUCGGCAGGGUAUUCCACUACGUUCCCAUCGUGACGAUGAUACAUGUGACGACAAUACAAAUUUGGGGAAUUUGAAAGAACUAUUGAAGCUUUGUUGUCACUUAGGAGAAGAUGAACUUAAGGAGCAUCUUCAAUCAUGUGCGAAGAAUGCCAAAUAUUCAUCUAAAACUACGCAAAAUGAACUCUUGGAUUCAGUAAAAAUAUAUUUGCAGCGUGAGAUCGUCAAUAGAGUGAAACAUCAAAAGUACAAUGACUUUUUUGGAAUUCAAGCUGACGAAGUUUCUGAUGUGUCUAAUAAAGAGCAGUUAGGAUUGGUGAUAAGAUAUCUUGAAGAUGAUGUACCUGUGGAAAGAUUUGUUGAAUAUGUCGUAUGUGAAAGUGUGACUGGUGAGGCAUUGUCUGAACAAAUUAUUAAAACUGUCAGCUCUUUAGGUUUAGAUAUGAACAAAUGUCGUUCACAGUCAUAUGAUGGUGCUGGGAAUACGGCUGGAGCAAACAAAGGAUGCGCCAGCAGGAUAAAACGUUUGUUUCCAAGAGCAGAAUAUUAUUAUUGCAUGAAUCAUGAUCUGAACCUGGCUGUUUCAAAAUCUUGUAGAAUACCAGAAAUACAAAUCAUGUUAGAUACGUGCAAACAAAUCGGAUUAUUUUUCAAAUUUUCACCAAAGAGACAACAUGCAUUUCAAACAUUUGUUGAUAAUGUGAAUGCAACAAGUAAGGAAGAUGGAGAAAAGAUAAAAUCAAAAUCAAUAAAAACACUUUGUGAAACUCGAUGGAUUGAAAGGCACACAACUGUUCAAAACAUCGCACAUGCAUACGAAGCCCUGACUGAUUGUUUAACAAAUAUUGUUUAUGGGAAAAAUGGCUGGGAUGUAAAGAGUAUCACAGAGUCUAAUGGGCUACUAUCAAGUCUUUGUAGUUCGAAGUGGAUUGUUGCGAUACAUGUAUAUCUGAAGUUUUCGGGAUACCUCAAAUCAUUGAGUGGACUUCUUCAAGGACCAACCCAAGACAUUAUAUCUGCUUUUCAGAAAGUCAACAUUGUCAUACAAGAGCUGGAGCAAAUAAGAAGAGACAGUGACCAUUCAUUUAAUGAAGUGUGGGCUGAGUCAGAGAUUAUGGCUAAGAAAGUAUCUACAACCUUAGGAGUCCCAAGAAUGUGCAACAGACAAACAACAAGAAAUAAUGUUUCAGCAGAUACCCCAAAACAGUACUUUUGUAGAUCAGUCUUUUUCCCUUACCUUGACCAUUUGCUGUCUGAACUGAAAUCUCGUUUUUCAACAGCAAAUGCAAUAACAUCAAAGGCUCUUAGUUUAAUUCCUUCAAACUUGCAUUUACUUGAUGAUCAGCAAGUACGUUCAAUUGUAGAUCAUUUUGAAAACGAUCUGCCAUGCAAAGAACAAUUUUUCAGUGAAAUUCAGUUAUGGAAAAGGGAAUGGUCCAACCCAGAGUUGUCUAUGUCACUGCCUGACAAUCUCAGAUCUACUAUUCAACAAACCAACUCCAAAUUCUACCCAAACAUUUCUACAAUUCUGAGACUUCUCCUUCUAAUGCCAGUAUCAGCUACCUCUGUGGAAAGAAGUCAUUCAAGCUUGAAGGAUGUGAAAACCAAAAAACGAAGUGUUAUGUCAGAAGAUCGCCUUAAUUCACUGAUGUUGUUAUAUAUCCAUCGUGAUUUGCAACUUGAUUACGAUAAAAUUAUUGACAUCUUUGCAUCAAAACAUCCUAGACGACUUCAACUGGCAUACCCACUUUCUUGA